AUGCCGAGCGAUUAUAAGAUUGAGGAUUAUCACACGCUCGAAGCGAUCGGGAAGGGUAAGUACAGCAUGGUGUACAAGGCUCGACGGAGGAAGACAAUUCGGUACUACGCGAUAAAGAAGGUGGAGAAGGGGCAGCGAAGUCGUGUGAAGCGUGACUUCCUCUUCUCACGCGCGGUGAUGCAUGAAAACGUGUUGAAAAUCGUCGCUUGUUACGAAACGAGGAAUAGUUUGUGGUUAGUGUUGGAGUAUUGCGUCGGGGGAGAUCUUUUGACUCUGUUGUCGCAAGAUUUGAAGCUCCCAGAGCCAUCGAUCAUGAAGUUUGCUCGCGACAUGUUUGUUGGUGUGCGCACAAUCCAUAGUAAAGGGUUGAUUCACUGCGAUUUGAAGCCGAGUAACAUGCUCCUGGACGAAAAUGGAAACCUCAAAGUACGCGGGUUCGGACUUAGCAAGGAAGUCACCGUCGUUGCGGCCAAGUCUGGCUCGUCAAAGGAGCUGGCGCAUCGAGGGACACCAUGUUAUAUGGCGCCUGAGAUGUUCACUUCGGAGGGAGUGCACUCGUACGCGACGGAUCUGUGGGCUUUGGGUUGCACCUUGUACGAGUGCGCCGCCGGACGACCACCGUUCACGAGCACGUCGUUGACGUCGCUCAUUGAGCAGAUUUUGGAGCACGAGCCGAACCCGCUCCCGGCGUCUUGCAGCACGCCGUUUAAGAGUUUGGUAUUCGGGUUGUUAAAUAAACGUCCACACCAGCGAUUGAGGUGGGAUCAAGUAGUCAAUCACGAGUUCUGGCGCGAGCGCGGUGGAGAGUAUCUGGAGGACAUGCGAGAUUUGGGCGCUGUGACGCUGCCAGCGCAGCCGACGUAUGAGGCCUUUGCUGAUAUGCUCAAAAGAGAGGAUCUUGCGAUGAAAUUCAGAAUGCUAGGAAACGCGCGCGAGUCUACAUCUCUAGAUGUACGUGAGUCUUUCAUGCCGGUGCUCACGCCGAGUUUACGGCAGAGCGUCAACGCGUCAAAGCUUUCUCGCAUCGCUCGCUUCAACUUGCAGCGUGAAGAGGUAGGAUCAUACGGAUCGGGGAACAACGCCGCCGCCGAAGACGGCGAUUUGGCCGAGCCGCCGGGCAGACACGAGGAUGUAGAAUUAGAGCAUCCGGAUGCCGAGCUGAAUUUCACGGUACCGAACGGCAUGGAGGACCUGGACGUGGACGCAGAAGUUGACGAGCGUGCACCGGUCGCUCCGAAAUCGCCUCCGCGACAAGCCAUGCGAGAGAGUUAUGGAAAUGAGAAUAGAUCGGACAAUUUCGCCGACACGACUGAAGACUUCAUGGAAAAGGAUGUAGAAGUGGACAACUCGUCGCCGUCAGGCAGCGAUGAAACGACCAAGGUCAUGCUCACGACAGGAGAAGCAAUUUUGGUUGAUUCCAGAUCACCAGUGUCCGCGAGUCGAUCUGCGAAUCGAUCUGCGCAGACGGCGGAUGAGGACUUUGAGGACACGUCUUCUUCCAUGCGCAGCGAGGAGCUACAACCAGCGGAAACACCGGCGUUUCUCGGUUUGCCGGAAGGAAGACGUCGCGCUCAAGCGACGCGUGUUGAUGCGGCGGCGGAGGAGUUAGAAUACGAAAAGUUCAAGGAGUUGUGCUUGCACGAGGACUCCGAUUUAACCGUGCGUCCAAUCGUCUCGAAUCACAAAAUUGAGGCCAUAAGAGACGCUUCACAUGAUCCAUCGAAACUUCCGUUCCAAGAGCUUAGCGUCAACGAAAUGAUGGCGACGUCGCAGGUUGAGCGGGAGGCGUUUUUGUCUCGCAUCUAUCGCGCCGUGGCACAUCCGGCAAACGUGCAGGACAAGGUGAAUACUUUGGCAUACUUUGAGACGUUGUGUAGGUCUGAUUCUAGCGCAAAUGUCCUCGUUAACUCGACGCUGAUGCCCAUGUUCGUGAAGGUUUUGGCGAGCAGCAAGUCUUCGCCACUGAGAAUUCGGAUGGCAAACAUCUUGGGCUUGCUGAUGCGUUACGCCACGUUCAUUGGGUCUGAGUUUGCGAAGACAGAUGCCGCAAAGGUGCUCGCGGAAGCUGUGAGUGAUGAAAACCCGCGCGUGAGACGGCGAGCGAUGUCAGCGCUCGGAGAGUUGUCAUUUUACGUGUCGAAUCAGGCGAGAGCGGACGCACCUCAAGUUUUGGGCAUCACACAAAAUGUUAUCGAAGUCUUCCUCAGGACGAUAGAGCAUGACUCUGAUGAAAUCACGAGACAUUAUGCGUGUAAGAGCGUAGAAAACAUACUGAAGAAAGGAUCAGGCUCGAUACAGGAGGCGUUUGCAACUUGCCGAGCGGCGAACAUAUUGGUAUCGAUUGUGAUGGAUGACAGCUUAGAAGACGAGCUUCGAGGCACAGCGGCUAGCGCACUAGCGAGUGCCGUGCGCGUCAAGCCAGAGUCUAUUUAUGUCGUUGUUGGUGACGAUGACCACAGUGAUGAAAUGCGUGCGGCGCUUAUCAAGAUGCUCGAUGAUCGUCGUUCGAAGAAGGUGCAGCAAGCGGCGCUCAACCUUCUGUGUCUGGCUCUCGUUGAUGAGAAAUCGCGUCUACUCGCAACGCUCAUGGAAGUGCGAACCUUGCUUCCGAUAUUGGCCGGUUUGUACGAGCGUAGUCAAUCAUCGGUUAUCAAAGCAAAAUCAUUGCUCAGCUUGGCGCUUCUGAUACGAGGUCAUCCGAAAUGGUUGCAGUCGCUGUGCCGAGCGCGCGUGCUACCGAUGAUCGAAUGUCAGCAGAUCAAUGAUCCGUAUUUACAGAACUGCUGUGAUGCGUUCAUCGUGACGGUGGUGGCGCUCGUACCGAAGGUGAACGAUAUAAUAUUCCGACACAUCGCUCGCUUGCGCUCGGCGGCGUCGAGGAACAUGCGUCCGCAAGUGAUAGAGCCGUUCACGCUGUUCCCGGUGAUCCACCACUUGAUGCAGUCCUCAGUGAUGAGACAGCGCAUGCUCAACAGCGCGUUCGUUCGAGACAUCGCUCGGUACAUCGAAGCUGCUGAGUUUGAAGAGGACUACAACGGUCGAGAAGAGUUCCGUGUAUGCGUCAAGGAGCUACUGGAGCACUGCCACAGCUGCACAGAUGAGAUCGUGUACAAGGUCGAUGCGGUGACGAAGCAUCUGCUUCCCGCCCUGUGCGAUCUUCUCGAGGGUAGCACCAACGCCGAGAUGCGCUUUUCGGCGCUCAAGCUAGUUUAUGAGCUGAUUCUGCCCCUGCGCGCGGACUUGGACAUCGCCACGCAGAGUGGGUGCGAUGAAAGAAUCAUCGCGCAUCGAUUGGACCAGCUCUUGAUGCAGGACCUGUACCCGAUGUGCUCGGCAUUGAUCGACAUGGAGCAUCCGUUCCCGCUGUACGCGCUCAAGCUGCUCAGCGGCACCGCAAGGCUCGAACCAGCUCUGUGCCGUGAGAUAAUCAACAUCGGUCUCGCGCCGAGAUUCUUUGAUUUCCUCUCACUUGAGCACACCAACUACGAGCCGAACAUCCACCUCUGCCUCUCGCUCGCUCGGAGCAAGUCGAUGAAGUCAGAGUCAUUGUGGGAGUACGACGCCCCCGCGAAAGUGGCGCGGGUAUGCGAGUACACCUACAAAAACGACUUCAUCGAGCCCGAGAUGAUAGAGCCGGCGCUCGGGAUCGCCGCCGAGCUCCUUCACCGCGCCCAGAGUGCUUCGAGAGUAGGCGACGCCGGCCUCGAUCACGUCACCCCGCUCCUCGACAUCGCCCCGACCCUUCGCAAGCUCGCCGACGCCAUUCCCGACGGCAGCCUCAAACGCGAACUCCUUCACGCCCUUGACGUCUUCAACGCGCAUUAG